AUGCUUGACCUUCCCCGGUGCUGCGCUGCCGAGAUCACAAUAACGCAUCCCAUCGGUCCUUUGGUGCUGGGGCCCGUCCUCGGGUGGGUCCCACAGCCCGACGACCAUCCCUUGCGCGACCAAGUCCUUGACGUAUUCUUGUUUCGUCUGCGUGUCAUGCUCGACAGGAAGCCCGAGAUCCUCUACGCGUCGGCCACGGCGCUCGUCUUCGGGCUCACGCCCUGGGCUGUGCUCAAGAUCAGCGAUCGCCCCGACUCGGAAGACAUCUGCAACAUGGCAUACAUCACCGCCAACGUGCCCGAAGUGCCCGUUCCAGCGAUCCUGGGCGCUUUCCGCGGCGCAGGGCGACACUGGGUCUUUAUGGCUCGGGUCCCCGGCGAGAGGCUGAACACUAUCUGGACGAAACUGACGCCCAUGCAAAAGCUAUCCGUGCAGGGCCAACUCAACACGGCGUUUGCGGCGCUCGCGAGAUAUGAACGGCCGCCCCAGGGUCCCUGUUCCCGACUGGGGAGCGUCGCCGCUGGCAUCUGCAGGGACGCGCUGCGCAAGUCGCGAGCCAGCCUGGGGAGCAUCCCGACAGAGAUGGUGUUCAACGAUUUCCUCUGCGACACGCUGGACCCAAGGGUCAAGCGAUGGCUCCGUCACAUCCGCGCCGGGAUGCGCAACGACCACCGCAUCGUGUUGACGCACGGCAACUUACACCCGCGAAACAUCCUGGUCAAGGUGACGGCCAUUUUGGGGUGGGAAAGGGCCGGCUGGUAUCCCGACUAUUGGGACUAUGUCCGAGCCAUGAGCGCCACCGAGGGCCCGCUCAACAAUGCGCUCGAUGACUGGAUAGACUUUCUCCCGACGGAGUUGCGGGCCUGGUUUCAGCGAAGAGAUGUAACCUUGGAAGCACGGUCAAGAUGGAGAUGA